GUGUUUGCACCGUGCGAGCACUACUGCAACAACACUGAAGUGCUCUCAGAAUGGAAUAUAUAUUUAUACUGAUCCUUUUUGGAUUGUGCAUCAACACUGAAGUUGUGAAAAGCACCUCGGUGUGUUCAGUUAAUGACUAUGCUGCCUUCUGCAUAGAUAGAGGUCUUCAUCAUGUGCCAGAGGUGCCCACGCAUGUAAAUCAUAUGGAUCUGAGUUUAAACAGCAUUGCUGAACUCAACGAAACCUCCUUUUCUCGUCUUGAAGGUCUACAAGUCCUUAAAGUCGAGCAACAAACACCAGGACUUUUGAUCAGAAACAACACGUUUAGAAGACUCUCCAAUCUAAUAUUACUUAAACUUGACUACAACUUCUUCCUGCAAAUAGAGACAGAGGCUUUUAAUGGAUUAUCCAACCUUGAGAUUCUCACUCUCACUCAGUGCAGUUUAGAUGGUUCUGUUUUGUCUGGUGACGUCCUCAAACCUCUGGUGUCUCUACAGAUGCUUGUCUUACGCAAUAACAACAUUCACAGAAUCCAGCCGGCAUCAUUCUUUUUAAAUAUGAGGAGAUUCCAUGUGCUGGAUCUCUCUCACAACAAUGUGAAGAGCAUCUGUGAAGAAGACCUCCUCAGCUUUCAGGGUAAACAUUUCACACUUCUGCAACUGGCCUCCGUGACACUGCAAGACAUGAAUGAGUACUGGUUAGGAUGGGACAAGUGUGGAAACCCGUUUAAGAACAUGUCCGUAACUGUAUUGGACCUAUCUGGAAACGGCUUUAAAGUUCCCAUGGCAAAGCGUUUUUUUGAUGCAAUCACUGGUACAAAAAUCCUUGGUCUCAUUCUCAGUAACAGUUACAACAUGGGCAGUUCUUUUGGUCAUAACAAUUUCCCAGAUCCAGACAAAUUCACAUUCAAGGGUCUUGAAGCGAGUGGUGUUAAGACUUUCGAUCUGUCCAGUUCAAAUAUUUUUUCUCUGUCAUAUUCAGUAUUUAGUUAUUUGCCAGAUCUAGAACAAAUUACAAUGGCACAAAGUCAGAUCAACAAGAUUGAAAACAAUGCAUUUUUGGGUAUG